AUGGCAAUUACAACCUCGACUACCACUGCGGUUGAACUCUCGCCACUUCCUCCGCUACCCAAUAGCUCUGGCCAUAACCGGUUUCAUAAUGGCGCAUCCCGCCUAGCAGAUUCCGAGGUGCCGGAUGGAGGUUAUGGCUGGGUCGUUAUCACUGGCUGUGCCGUCCUCGCAUGGUGGUUUGUUGGGACAGGAUAUAGCUGGGGAGUGAUUCAAGGAGCUCUCGUGGAAAAGGGUCUCUCGACGCCUGCGACUCUGUCAUACGUCGGCUCACUAGCUGUUGCUAUCAUCUCAUUCCUGGCGAUUAUCAAUGCGCGCGUUAUUAGGGCUAUCGGGGUGCAAAAGACCGGCAUGCUGGGCAUCUUGAUCCUGGGUGUAUCCGAGAUCCUGAGUGGUUUCACAGUUAAAAACCUUGCAGGACUAUUUGUUACGUCUGGCGUCUCGCUCGGCGUAGGGCUGAGCUUGUGUUUCAUGGCUGCAACUGCAACGCCAGCGCAAUAUUUCAGCAAGAAAAGAGGUCUGGCAAACGGCAUCGUAUUCGCGGCAGGAGGGUUAGGGGGAGCCAUCAUUAGCUUGGCCUUGGACGCAGUAAUUCAACGACUUGGAACUGCUUGGGCGUAUCGUAUACUUGGACUUGCGACACUGCUUACUGGUCUGCCGGCGGCAUGGUUGGUGAGGGAGCGCUCACCAGUCAAGACUGCGGGAUUCAUCGAGUGGCGCCUCUUCCGAGAUCUCGAGUUUGUGAUCAUAUUUGCUACCGGCGCUGUUGCUACAUUCCCCCUGCUUGUUCCUGCGUUCUUCAUACCGCUCUACGGACGAUCAAUCGGCUUGUCUUCAUCUACUGGGGCAGGUCUUUUAGCAGGCUUCAAUCUCUCGUCGGCUGCAGGCAGAAUACUCUGCGGUUUCCUUUGCGACAAAAUCGGAUCACUCAACGCAUUAUUGAUUUCACUAUUGAUCAACGCCAUCACAAUGCUAGCCUUGUGGCCUGCCUCUACUACGCUUGCACCGUUAGUUGCGUUCGUCGUUCUCAACGGUGCCGCGAAUGGUGGCUUCUUCUCUACUAUUCCCACAGUAGUGGGUAACGUGUUUGGAUCCCAAAGAGUAUCUGUGGCCAUGGCCAUGGUUGUUACUGGUUGGGGUGGUGGAUAUCUAAUGGGUUCGCCAAUUGCUGGAUAUCUGCUGGAUGCCUACGGCGGAACAGAAAGCGGAUUUCAAGCAUACAGGCCAGCGAUAACAUAUGCAGGAUGUAUGGGGCUUGGGGCUGUCGGGCUCGUAGCGUUUGCAAGAUUUCGGAAGAAUCGCUCAAUUUUUGCAAAAGUUUAG